UUUCGGGACAUGCCACCGCAUCUGCAGUUCAACCCCUAUAUCUUCACCGGCUACCGGCCUCUGCUCACCUUCUGGGGAUGCAUCAACAGCCUCUUCUACCUCCACAACGAAACCAUCAACAUCCUGACGCACGGAAUCCCCAUCGUGUACAUGGUGGUGAACUUCCCCAGUGCCAUCCCCUGGAAAGAGCUGGACUCGUGGUUUCUCCCCUGGUGCCACAUCGUGGGCGCCAUCUGCCCCUGGGUUGGCUCCUUUGUCUACCACCUCUUCAUGAACCUUGAGGGCGGCGAGAGCUUCUACUACCGCCUUCUUCAGCUCGACAUGUUCGGCAUUUGGAUGAGCCAGAGCUUUGGCGCCCUGCCCAUGGUGUCUGCGUCCGUUUUCUGUCUGCCAUGGGCAUGUCGCUGCCUUGUGAUGCUGUCUUACUGCCUGCUGUCUGUGUGGGGGCUAUACAAGGCUCUAACAGCAUGGUCUCCUUGGGAAAGACGAUUGUGCUUCUCUAUGCCUUUUAUAAUGAGAAUAUUUCUCUGUGGUCUGCGAUAUACAUCUCUUGGAGGAGGAGACCCCAAUAUGUUUCACCAUAUUAUUCUGCAAGAUGCAGUAUCAGCAGUAGGUGGUGCUAUAGGAGCUAUGCACAUACCAGAAAAGUGGUUUCCUGGCACAGUGGACUUAUACCUGAAUUCUCAUAACAUUAUGCAUGUGUUAGUGGUUACAGCUGUAUAUUCCAUGCACCGCGCAACAGUGAGUGACCUGGUGUGGAUGGCUCAGGCAGAUUGUAGACAUCAUGAAAAGCGUGCUUCCUUACUUGAUAGUCUUGGACAAAAAGCAGAACUAUGAUCAUUUAUCACACUGCAUACAGUUGGUUUUUAAAUAUUCCUGUAUGCUAUUUACUCUAUUUCCAAUUCUCUUCCACAAUCUACUGCCUCAAUUAUUAACACUAUUAGAUUAAUUUGCUGUAUAAAUUAUUAUUCAGAAUCAGAUAAAUAAUAGAUUCCUUGAAUUUACCAAGUGAAUGCAUUUUGAAGUAGGCCAUUGUUUUAAUCAAUUUAAAGAAAUUUAUGGAAUGAGAAAGGAAAUGGAGUUUAUUACCUUUAUAGUUUAUUUUUGAAUGACCUUAUGUCACAUUACUUCCACAUAGAUAGACAAUGCUGAAAGAUAACUUAGAAAACACUAUCUUUAGUUGUUAUGUUUUUCUAAAAUAUUUCAUCUUCUAAGAAUAUUUCAGGGAGUAAUAAAUACAAAUAGCAAUAAAUUUCAAAGUACUGUGCUUGGAAGCCUUAUGAUGAUAUGUUUUGUUUAAGAUGUUUAUUUUCACAAUCUAAUGUGAUCAUUCAGGUUUAUUAAUAAACCAUAUCUGGAUCAUCAGGAAAUCAACAUGUGAUUACGAGGAUUGGUUUACAUUCUUGAUUGUAAAUAUCUAUAAUACAAUGCUCCAUGCAGAGAUAUAUUUAAUAACAUAUUUCAUUUAUGAAAUUCAAGUUCAAAAGUUCAUGAAAUGAAAUUUCUUCUUAACUCUCAUUAUUCUAAUGUUUCAAACUAUGUCGUUACAGACUAUUUCUUGUAGUACAAAGGAUAUUAAGAAAUCAAAUUAAACACAGUUUUAGCCCUAAUAUUUUUAUUUACAGCUGUUACCAGUAGCAAUAAGUCGAUAUACAUGGUGACUUAUCAUUACAUCCAUAGGAACACAAAAUAAGUUAUUUGUAAUUAUUGUUAUUGUUUUUAUUUAUUAUUAUUAUUAUUAUUAUUAUUAUUACUGAAAGUAUAAUAAAUUGAAUACGGAAU